CUGCGACCCGCGCCGCCUGCCGCACCGCCUGCUGGUGCUCGCCCUCAUGUGCUUCCUGGGCUUCGGCAGCUACUUCUGCUACGACAACCCGGCCGCCCUGCAGACGCAAGUGCAGGCGGACAUGAAGGUGAACACGGCCCAGUUCAUGGCUCUCUAUGCCUGGUACUCCUGGCCCAACGUGGUGCUCUGUUUCUUCGGUGGCUUCCUCAUAGACAGAGUGUUCGGGAUACGGUUGGGCACAGUAAUAUUUAGUAUCUUUGUUUGUGUUGGGCAGGUGAUUUUUGCAGUGGGAGCACUAAUCAACGCCUUCUGGCUGAUGGAAGCAGGCAGAUUUGUGUUUGGAAUAGGUGGAGAGUCCUUAGCUGUGGCACAAAACACUUAUGCAGUCAGUUGGUUUAAAGGCAAGGAAUUAAAUCUUGUGUUUGGAUUACAGCUAAGCAUGGCCAGAAUUGGGAGCACGGUGAACAUGAAUAUCAUGGGAUGGGUAUACUCCAGAGUUCAGCAUCUUCUGGGGCACACUGGCCACAGUGCUCUUGGGUUAACUCUCAUGAUAGGUGGCACAACAUGUCUCUUUUCCCUGGCUUGUGCAUUAAUCCUUGCUUAUCUGGACAAGAGAGCAGAGAAGUUGCUUUGUAAAGAGCAAGGGAAAACUGGUGAAGUGAUCAAGCUCACGGAUGUGAAGGACUUCUCUUUGUCUUUGUGGCUUAUAUUUGUAAUCUGUGUUUGUUACUACGCAGCUGUUUUUCCUUUCAUUGGACUUGGAAAGGUCUUCUUCAUUGAGAAAUUCAAAUUCUCAUCUCAAGAAGCAAGUGCGAUUAACAGUAUAGUUUAUAUCAUAUCGGCACCUUUGUCGCCUGUUUUUGGCCUCCUGGUGGAUAAAGUUGGCAAGAAUAUCAUCUGGGUUUUAUGUGCUGUAGUAACUACACUCGCUUCUCACAUCAUGUUGGCUUUUACCUUCUGGAACCCCUGGGUAGCAAUGUGCUUACUGGGAGUCGCUUACUCGCUGCUCGCCUGUGCCCUGUGGCCCAUGGUGGCCUUUGUCGUUCCAGAACAUCAGCUGGGAACUGCUUAUGGCUUCAUGCAGUCUAUCCAGAAUCUGGGUCUGGCAAUUAUUGCCAUAGCAGCUGGCAUGAUACUGGACACAAGGGGAUAUCUGUUUCUUGAAGUGUUCUUCAGUGCUUGCGUCUGCUUGUCACUAAUAGCUGUAGUGAUGCUGUAUUUUGUGAAUCAUCUCACAGGAGGUGAUCUUAACUGGUCUGCAAAGAAAAGGGAAAAAAUGCAAAAAGUAACUGCAACUGAAGCAGAAGAACAAGAGAGACUCAGACGUCAAAAUGAAGAUGACUUGGCUAAAUUACUGCCAAAAGCUGAUGACUUUAGUUUGAGGAAUAGAUACCUCUCCAAACUAGGCGCUCAGGUACUGCCAGAUAAUUACUCUUCCUACUUAUCAACAAUGGCACAUAGAAGCAUGCUGAAAUAGCAUCUUGCCCGUUGGUAAGGGCAGAAGUACCCUGCAGUUCCUGUACACAAAACUCUGCUAGUACUGAGAGCUAAUGCAAGUGCAAGCAGAAUGAUGCACCACUUCUGCGACUGUUUUUAAAAUAUUCAGCUUCAACUCCCUCUCCCCGUGGGUAAAUAACAAAGAUACCAAAGAAGAAUCAUCUGGCUCUGUAUUUGAACCUGGUAACUACAUGUUACACUAAAAUAGCUAAGACUUGGAUCUGUUCUUACUAUUCAGCAAGUCUGAAAUGGGAAAGCUUUGCUGAAAGAGUCAGCUCGCUGUGAAAUGAGUCUUGAUGUGGGCGUGGGAUUUAGUGAGAUUCUUGGGGAAAAAAAGUUGGGCACCUUUGUUACCAACUUGCAGAUCCUCUGUUUUAUUUUUCUUAUAGAAAAAGGUGGCAAAAUAUUGACUUGUUUUUUGUUAUGGUCAAAACAAAUACUUUGGUGUAAACCAAAUUAUGAUUUUAAUGUUCCUUUUUAAAUGCUCCUGAAUUUUGUAUUAGGUCACAGGUGUGGCUGUAACCUCACACAAGUCCUGAUUAAUGUGAAAAUUGGUAAAUCUUUAAAAGGUUGUGACUGACAACUAUGGAAAGGUUGUAUGAAGAACUGAAGUUUUCCAUUCUGUGGAAGAAUGUUGUAUAACUUCGUGAUGAAGUGCUUUGCAUAAUUUCAAUGGAAGGCUUGUUCCUACUGGUUCCUGCAGGCCCCGUUUUCCAAUUAUAUAUAUAUUUUUUUCCUAACUAUAUGGGCUUGAUUACAGGAUCAGACACAUUCUUAAACUAAGCUAAUCUUUAAAAGGAAGGAGCACCUUAUUUUCUUGAGCAGUUGGAGACCUUCUGGAACUCAUUUUUAAGAUAUUUUUUC